AUGACCAUCGCUCUUUUAGCCAACAGACUCAUCAAUGUUGAUGUGCUAAUCAUGAUGUGUCCACUUGAUUCGAAGCUCGAUGGUAAGCACACCAGCAAUACCAACGAAACCUGUCGAAGUUACCAGCAGACAAUGUUUAGAAUGAUGUCCAUUGAUCUUUUCAAUUGGCUAAGAAUGACUGAUGUUGAAUGUGGAGGAGGUCAGGAAGUAUCCUUCCAGCUCUUAAACCAUCUGUUCUCAGACAAACACCACAAGUUAGACACUCAGACUCUCCAGGCUUCGAUGGACUCCCCCUAUAAUAUUUCACCUACUCCUUGGUAUCGAUGA